CCCGCCGCCCUCGCCGCCGCCGCGCUCUCGCUGUGCGUCUCGCUCGCCAGCGCCGGCGUCGUCCGCACGCCCAUCCGCCCCGACCAGGUCGUCCCCAAGACGGGCGACGACUGCUUCUUUGGCGUCGUGACGCCGCAGGGGUGCGGGCCUCUGAGGACGAGCUAAGUCCGUCCCGCCGUCUGUGUUGACGUGUACCCGAGGCGGUGGUGAUGAUGGGAUGGUUUGCGACGUGAUAUCUGGCUGGGAAAGGGCAAGCAACGCAAGCGUGCGCUCUCUCUUUUUCUCGCAAGGCCGAUGCCUCGAUAGGGCCGGUGGAGCUCGCGGAUCGGCGGAUAGAGCGGAGCAAGGCUGGCUUCGGGCCUGUGGUGUUGGAUUCUUUUCGUUUAUUAUAUACCCUACUACGACAUGUGUAAACAUACUUCUUUCGUUGGUGCUUUGGCCCUUUAAUCCGGACACCCUGUCGAACCAAACGUGUGUAGGCUGCCUUCCCUGAGUCCCGAGAUGUUGUGGGCAAUUUGUGUUUCGUUGUUCGGCGGCGUUCUGGAAACGUCUGUCAAUGGCAUUGUUAUCAAGCGGACUCGCUGGGGUGGCUGGUUUUGGACACGAUCGACGCUCGGGUAGAACAAGGUGGCAGCUGCCGUGAACCU